CAUAAGUCACUGUAUGCUUGUGUUGGGCAGACUCAACCCUCCCACUGCCGCUCUCCGCCGAGAAGGAGUUUAUUCACCGUCCUGUUGUAAAUGUGUAUGUGUUUGUCACUGACUGGUUUUAUACUCACGUAUUAGGAAUGCCAUGGCUACUCAGAAUAACCAGGAUUAUUUCAGGUCGGUCAGCAGCGAGUCGACCACAUACAUGAUGGUUCCGGCGAACAGCCGUGUUCGGGACUCGCCGUCAAAGUUAUGGAUCGCAAUGGUCGUGAUCGUGGUGGUCGUGCUGCAAAUCGCCUCGACCACUGGGCUCUUUGUCUAUUUAAAUAUGUCUUUAUCGCAGGUAAAAAACCAGGGGGUUACAGAAGAGCUGCGGUGCCUUGGUUUGCUCAACGCCCUGGAUAAGGACAGGGACAUUCCUGAAGACCUGGCUCAACUGUUUGGAGAGCCUUGCAUCAAACUAGCUGAGGGUAUCAAGGCCUAUAUCUCCAAGGUUACAGACAGUAUCAUCUCUAAACAGGCUUUACAAGAAGCAAGAGCCAUGCCUCAUGCAUAUAAUACAUCAGGGUCAAAGUUCAUGACCACAGUGACACAGAGGCCAUCAGCCCACCUGACCCUUAGCAGUCUCCCAGGUGGUGCUCUGUACUCGACCCCUCAACCAGACCUGCACCAGUCCUGCCGCCAUCCAGUGCGCUCCUGGGCCAAUCAGAGCUUCGGCGCCCAUCUGCACAACAUGACGCUGGCCAAUGGACGACUUCGUGUACCCCAGGCUGGCCGCUACUACCUGUAUUCCCAGGUGUACUUCCGCUACCCCUCCCCCAGUGAGGGCGAUCAACACAGCGCGAGCCACCAGCUAGUCCAGUGUGUCUAUAAGAAAACCUCCUACCUGAGGCCCAUUCAGCUUCUGAAGGGUGUGGGGACCAAAUGUUGGGCACCUGAUGCAGAAUACGCCCUUCAUUCCGUGUACCAGGGCGGCCUGUUUGAGCUGCAAGCAGGCGACGAGGUGUUUGUGUCCGUCUCUUCGCCCAAGAUGGUGUAUGGUGAGGAUUCUUCUAGCUACUUCGGAGCUUUCCGUCUGGACCUGUAAAAGCAUACCGGAGGAGGUUCGCCAGGACUACAUUACCCCGAAUGCACUGGGCGAAUCAUUUUGGGGCUGCCACACAAAGAAAAGACUUAUCAUUUAGUCUCUCCUUUCUAUAAAACAGAUAUUGAAUAUGUGAAGGAUGCAUGAAUGAGCGACAUUCGGAUAUGGUUGACAGAGGAAUGUAUGUAUAUUUCUACAAUCACAUCAAAGAUGUGACUUUGAAACAGUAGCAAAAACAAGCAGGAUGAAUGCAGAGAAACUCACGCAAGAUGAAUCUGUGCCAGUGGUGUAUAUGUUUGAUGUGGGAACUAAAGUCUCCCCUGUCUGCUGGAGGGAAAUAUUUUUGUGCACCAUGGAUCUACCACAGAAUUUUAAAAACAGAGAUAUGAGAAGAGAACGAUGACAGCGGGAAUGUGGAGGAAAGAGAGGGGAAGUAUGCAGCUCUACCAGCCUCAAAGAAGCAUCCUGGCAUGUUGCAGUACAUGUGGAAUUCUUCCUGUCAUUGUCAAACCAUUCAAGCAGCAUGCCCUGACAUAAAAAGACCUUAAAAAAAAAACAGUGAUGACACACACACACACACACACACACAAACAGAAUUCCCCUUUUUGCAUACAUUACAUUUACAUAGACACCCACGCUCAUAAGAUUAUUUACGGCUUCCAAACAUGCAAAAUGCAGACGUAAAAUACAACAGAUUUCAAAUAAAUCCAAAGCACAUGUGUUUAGUCUUGCAGUCAAACACAAAUCACACAGCAGUCUUCAUUCAAUCAUCUUACUGUACACUUUUAAAAGACACAGAUACACCUGCAAACACCUGCGCACACACACACACACACACACACAGUCUUCCUCUGCUGUCUGGUCUGGGGUGCUGGAGGAAGUGCUGUCAGGGAGGGGGCGCACAGAGGAACGUCGACUGUCUAAAAGGUUAAAUACACACUACAGCACGCUGUUUGUUCAAAUAUCACGGCCAUUCAUAUCAUGCUUUGUUUUUGCUAAUGCUGCACACACAUACAAUCAAGAUCUCAGCGCCCUGAAGAAAUAAUUUCCUGACCAGUGGCACGUCAUACAUGUGACUUCCAUCUCUCUCUCUCUGUGGUUGGUUGGUUCAGCCUGUGUAUAUAUUGUAUUUAACUGAGAAUCGUGUGGUUUGGAAUUGAAUGUACAAGCGUUGUAAUGCUGGAUUUUCUACUAAGGUUUGUUUCUUUUUUUUUUUUUUUGGAAAUCAAACAAUGAGCUUCUCACUGUAAUGUAAACAGCCUCGAAAAACUGACGUUCUCCAAACGAAGCAGCACUCUGAAAGAGAAAUUGGAAACUCUAUAUUAGCCAGCUUUUCUGUGGAAAAAGUGUUUGUUUCAAGGAGGAGAGGGUGGGGUUAUAACUUUCCACUGUAAAUGGUCAAAUGCUGCAACUCUGUCACAAUGGUGUUGCUCCAAUCUAACAAAACACUUUCAUUGUAAACCGCAAAUGGGUUUUCUUCUUUCUGGACUCUGCUCCAGUUUUUACUGAUAAAGUCAGUAAGCUAAUGGACCUCUGCCAAGACAAUGCCUUAAAUCACUUUAUACACAGAGAGCGAUUGAGCCAAGAUGCUUUGUGGCAUUUAGAUAUGGCCCCAAUGUUAGUUAUACCACACAUUACAAAACAUCAUUCUGUCUAGCUGUUAUCAGCAAUUUGUCUGGAUUAAGGAACUUGGAAGUAGAUUUAAUCCAAAGGGGAAAAACAGGUUAUUCUUUAACGGUUAAAGCUUUCUGAUGCUUUCAGUGCAAAGGCAUUUCACUUGGUUUUACUGAAAUGCACAAUAACACUAAACCGGAACAUGAUGUUGUUUUAACAGUGUCAUAAAACUGUUAUAACAUGCCAUAAUUGUGACCUAUUAGAACUGACUUUGCAUGAGUUUUUAGAACAGCAAAAUAAUUUGAAACAUAACAUUACUAUUGCUUCAGCUGCAUACAGGCUACAUGGUUAGAAACAAACGGUGAUUGAAAUUAGUAGGCCAGAUACCAGAAGCUAUUUAAAUAAAAGUUAUUUACUGUAAAUACAAAACACAUGAUAUUUGUAAAGGAAAUACAUUUAUUUCAGACUGACGGGAAAAUAAACUAGACGGAGUAGCUCUGCAGUGCACCAAAAACAGAAACAGGUUCCCUGAAGGUGUAUUGUGACACACUCUUCUAGUAUAGAGAGGACUGUUAAUAUUACAGGUAGAUCUACGGUAGUUUUGUCACAUCGCAAUGUGCCUUUUUACACUGAUCUAAGGUUCACAGUUUACAGUAAGGCUCUAUUUGUUAUGCAUUGGUAUCAUGAUCUCACAAUGAACAAUAUAUUUUUCAGAAUUUAACUAUCCAAACACUAACCCUGCAUUUGAAUGUGUAUGCUUAACUACUAUGUCCUUGCGCAACCCCUCGUCCUUCUGCGUGGACUGUGUUACGCUAUGCAUAAUUUCAUUUCAUUUAAACUGACUGAUCUGAGUUCAGAACACUUUGGGCUGUCAGUAAAGGGCUAAAAUUUUGACUUACAGAGUCAUGUGACAAAACAGCAUGGCACCGAUCUCGGCGAAGUUUGUGUUUGGGAGAUACGCCAACAAAACUACAUCUGGUAAGAAACCUAAUUAUGUUUUUACAUUGAAACCUGUUUGAGUCAAAAGAUUAGAGUCACUAGUUUCAUCCAACAUGCCAUUUUGACAAUUUUAGCGAUUUAUUGCAAAACGGCACACUGUUAAAUACAAUGGGCACUGAUGUGGACAAUAGGAUUUUUUUCCUUAGAAAUCCUAUAUUCACUGUGCAAUAUCACAUUGAAAAUCAAUGUGUUCAUCCAAAAGCUGAAAAUGUUUUAAAUGGAGUUAAUUGGAUGAAAAUAGUCCAGUGCAGACAGACAGCACACUGGAGGUUAAGUCAUUCACUAAAUAGGGAGCAAGGGAGCAUACUAUAUCUUUCCUAUACAGCCAAGUACAUUCGCUCCAAACCUCCAACUAAAAGAUCAGUUUCAGGCUGCAGAUGAUGUUUGGACCACUCAGCAUGGUUGGCAGAUAUGGCAAAAUGGUAAUCAGUACUUAGAUUCAGAAUUUAUAAUGCUUAAUUUUAUUUUAACAUGGUUGGCAGUGAUUAGACAAUGCUGACCAUUACUUUGAAUCAGAAUGAAUUAUACUAAUUUCCGAAUGGUAAAAUGCUUCAGCAGUUGCUAUCACUUGUUUGUUUGACAGUGCAAAAAGGGAGAACAUUGAGAUUUUGUUGCCAAAGAAGAAAAUAAAACAUUGUAACAUAGAAGUAAAAUUAAGUCAAAUCAUUUUUAUUUGUAUAGUUGUUUUUAUUUGUGCUUUUCCCAAAACACAUUGUUCCAAAGCAGCUUUACAGCUGUAAUGUUUAUUAGGGGCUAGUAAAUAGUGACAAAUCAAAUCAAAUUGUGAAAUGAAAAAUGUACACAGCAGUCGCUUGGGUCUCAGGAGGAUAUAGUAUGCCAAAAACUCUAUGCCAAUGGAGUAAGGUGUCCGAAUCCUCAGUAUUCAUAAAAAGUAGGCAAGAAAUACCUGGAUGACCUAUUUAUCUAGUGAGAUUCUGAAGUGUGCUUCCACUGGACAUUUUACUAUGUCGUAAUGCUACGGGAGCUGACUUAACAUUAGAUUAAAAAAAAUAGAAGUCAAACUGCAAGUCAAGUGUCUCCUUUCAACUGUACAUUUUUUAAAUACCAAGAAAUUUGUUCCUUGUGAUUAAAUUGUACUUGUUUUACAAAAUCAGACUAAAUUAUAUCCGUGGCUGUUGACAUGAUUUAUAUUCAAGUCACAGGACAAUGCCCACGUUCUGGGAUGAUGUGCGGGAAUGUACUCAUAACACUGCUCGCCUGCAUAACUAAAAAUUUACAAAAUUUACAUUAUUAAUGGAGAGGUGUGUUCUUCUUCAAAUGCAGUACAUACUCUGACAUUAUAAGGGAUAAAUUCAACCCAGACUUCAGAUCAGUUUUGAAGCCGUGAUCAUUGCCAAAUACCUAUCAGCCACUUUAUCAUUUAGAAGCCCCCUGAGCCCAGUGAGGCCUUGCACACCCUCACUAAUAAACAUCCAUCUAAAAAGAUAACAAUGCAUUUCUAAAGUAUAAACUGCAAUUUUCCUCCCACUGUUUCAAAAGAAAAUUGGAUGCUUACAUUUGUAAACAUUCCAGAAGUUCAAGUAAUCCCACCAAUCCCAAUCAUUAUCCCUGCUUAUUAUCCAAGUCAAUCUCCUCUGGCCCGUCCAGGGCUUUAUGUGUGUGUACACAAGUGGAAAUAUGUAUCUGUAGAACAUAGAGGUCGUGGUGGGGUGAGGGGUGGCCAGCAUAGAGAAAUAUGGGAGAUUGCAGCAGGACUUGCCCUCUGAACCGCAAAGCACCACAAUGUGAACAUAGAAGAAAAAUGGAUGUUAGGUGUAUUUGUGCAUGAGCGUGUGUUUUUUAAUUAAGUGCUCGAGUGGUUUCGAAAACAUUGGAUGUAAUGGAUUGCAUGCCCACUUUAAACAAAACUCUCACUGAGCUCUGGAGAGACUUUAUGGGACUGCUGUGAAAAACUGGAGGGAGUUUAACACAUUAAAAUCCAGUGAGCAACAUGAACUGUCAGGCGAAACAAAAAGUCUAUUGUUUUCCUUUUCCAGCGAGAGCUGCAAUACUUUAUUUUUUUUUUUUUUUUUUUUUUGCCUUGGGACUGUUAAAU